AUGGCAUGCAUGCCAAUGCCAACCAACCUGCUCGUGUUGCAAGCGGUGGAGAACCUCCAAAGUCCAGACUUGGCCAGUAAUAGGGUUGUGGUAUCAGAGUAAACACUAUUCACAGGUCAACAUAUCAUCCCGUGGGACAGAACAGAUGGCAACUUACAGAAGAAGAAAAGAGUGCCAGCAAACCCUAACAACAACACACCAAUUGGAGCAGAAUUCCACUUCAACGACUUUAAGUGA